GCCCUUAUUCCAUAUCAUAUCCGGAUAUUACACCUAUAGGUGUAAUAAACCAAUUAGGACAAAAUAUAUUUUGACCUAAUUGGUUUAAAAGGAGUCAAGCAAGAGUGCAUGUGACGUGAAAAAAUAAGCAAAUACGUGUUGCUGGUUCGUUCUGCUCGUGCACAAUAAUGUGCCUCGUCGUGCGUAAUUUGGGUGCUUGGGUUGGGCAGGAAAAAAGAAAGUGAAAAGCGAUAGGGCAAUUCCAAGCAGCUAAUCUUGUUUGUGGGAAUUAGGCGUCUUUCCCAUCCCGUAUUAUUCCCCCCUGGUAGUUGUAGUCGGAGCUGGUUAGGUGGGUUAACUCCAACUCAAGUCUCCGUCAAGCGCACAGCCCUGCAUGAUGACGUCGCGCCCGGAUGACCAAUAGGAAGGCGCUGCCCUUUGGAGACAAACCAUUUUACUUGUAGCGUCUGCACCAAGUCUGCAAGCAAGGGCGCAAUUUUAACAGUAAAAAUCUUCCACCUCUUCUUUGAGUGAGAAUUAGCACGGGACGGGAAGAUUCAAGUCGCCGGUGGCGGGACCGGAUCGGAAAAGAGCAGCGCGCAUGCAGCGAGGAGAGAGAGAGAGAGAGACGACGCCGAUUCGGUCUUGAGAGAGAGGGGGGUGAGUGCUCUCAAGGCAGAAAAAUUCGAUGAUGACCAUGACUACGAUGGCUGACGGUCUGGAGGCGCAGGACUCGUCCAAGUCUGCUUUCAUGGAGUUUGGCCAGCAGUCCCACUCGCAGCAGAGCUCGCCGUCCAUGGCUGGCGCCCACUACCCGCUCCACUGUCUCCACUCGGGAACGCACCACCACCAGCACGACAACACCGCCGCCUACCCGGCCGGCAACACCUACAACAGGUCCCUAGCGUACCCUUACGUGAGCCAUCCGCACCACAGCCCCUACCUGUCCACCUACCACAACAACACGGGGGGACAGACGCGAUUAGACGGCGCAGAGCAGCAGAAAACGACAGUGAUUGAAAACGGCGAGAUUCGUUUUAACGGCAAAGGCAAGAAGAUCCGCAAGCCCAGGACCAUUUAUUCCAGUUUGCAGCUGCAGGCGCUCAAUCACCGUUUCCAGCAAACCCAGUACCUCGCCUUACCUGAGCGGGCCGAGCUGGCCGCCUCUUUAGGAUUGACACAAACGCAGGUAGGACGAGGUAAAGAUUUGGUUCCAGAACAAGAGGUCCAAGUUCAAGAAGCUGCUCAAGCAAGGCGGCAACCCGCACGAAAGCGACCCCAUGCCGGGUUCCAUGACCCUCUCCCCGCGCUCCCCUUCCAUCCCGCCCAUAUGGGACGUGUCGGCCUCAUCCAAAGGAGUAAACAUGGCAGCCAACAGCUACAUGCCGGGCUACUCUCACUGGUAUUCAUCGCCGCACCAGGACUCCAUGCAGAGAUAGACGAUGGAGGCCUCCGGAUGCGGCCUGGGAUUUAGGACCGAGGAUACGGAGGGACCGGCAUUUUUAAGAAAAAAAAAAAAAAAAAAGCAUAUACGACUGUACUGCUGUCAUCCGUCACCAAAUAUCGUCAGUGACAUUUGAGCCGAUUUGGGAAAAGCCUGACUGACCCCCCGUGUGGACUUGUGCACUGCAGGUUUUUUGGGUUUAUUUGUUUGUUGUUGCAAUCGUGUGUCUGUAAAUAGAAUCAACCACUUCACUUGUACAUACACUUUUUAUGUCCUGUCAGAUUGAGUAAACGGUGACUCAAAA